AUGUAUCUUGAUUUGUCAGGCUGUAAGAGAAUUAAAGAACUGCCAGAAUCAUUUGGGCAGCUAAAAAAAUUGGUGCAUCUUGAUUUGUCAUUUGUCAAAUUGGAGAAUAUAUCAAAGUUUAUGUCGAGCUUCACGGAACUGCAAUAUCCGAACUUAUCAAGUUGUUGUAUUGGAUCGCAACGACAAUCUCCAGAUGGCCUUACUAGUCAGUGCCUUGGAGAAGGUGACAAUGACAGUUUGAUGGACCAUAUCAGUGCCCUUUCCAAUCUGGAGCAUUUGGACUUUUCUCGGAAUGAUGGUAUUACUUCUUUACCUGAAAGUUUUUGUAACCUGAGAAAGCUGCACACAUUGAACCUCUCGCGCUGCCAAGAGAUUCAGAAGAUACCGGAAAGUAUAGGUAGAAUUGAUAGUUUGAAGAACCUAUAUUUAGUGGGCUGCCAUCGUCUUAGUGAAAAACCCGUACCUCAUCCUAGUACCAGUUUCGUAUCAUUACCAUUUCCGGUCUGUAUUGGAGAUGGUGAAUCGAGAAGCAAUCUUGUCUGCUUACAGGACACGAAUCCUCAGGUGUUGGAUAUAAUCUGCCUUGAAAGAGUGAAGUCCGUAGAGGAGGUUCAGAAUAUAAAAUUGAUGGAAAAAAACAAUCUCGAAAGGUUGACAUUGUCGUGGAGUGAAGGUGCUGAGAGGUUUGUGGAUGAUAAAGUGUUGUUGGAGAAACUAGUGCCACCCAAAAGUGUAACAGAGUUGGUGAUAAAUGGUUAUAAUGGCGUCAGCUUGCCAACAUGGGUCGGCCAACAGAUUUCGGUGAAGCUGACCAGUAUGGAACAUCUAGAAGAGUUCAACAUGGGAGCAACGAAAAGUUUGACCAUAAAAGAUUGCCCCAAGUUGAGGAUGGGGCCAUGUCUUCCUAGAGAAGUUGGCAGCUUACAGAUAAGACGGAGUUCUAAUGUGCUGUCUUCAUGGGGAGAGUGUACAAUGUCAACCACAGGUGCUUCCUCCUCUUCUUCUUCUUCAGUAGAAGUAUUAACCACUGCAACUACUCUACUAGUUGAAUACAGUGAGCUGCCCAUGCAGCAGUGGAGACUGCUUCGUCACCUCUCUGGUCUCUAUUCUUUAGGCAUCACGAGUUGUUCUGACCUGACCGUCUCCCCUGACAUCAUCUCACAUCUGUCCUCUGUUACACAUCUGGUGAUAAAAAUAUGCAACAUCUCAUCAUUGCCGCAUUGGGUCAUGCACUUAACUGGUCUCAAAUACCUUCGGAUCGAAUAUUGUGAAGGCAUCAAGUCUUUGCCAGAUGGCAUACAACAACUCACCAAGCUCCAAAUACUGAAGAUUUACGGGUGCCCUGAUUUGAAGAAGUGGUGCGAAUCGGAGGAAAACAAGAUGAAGCUCGCUCACAUAAAAGAUAAGCGAUUUUACUGA